AUGUUGCGUUUUUUAAUUAAUUCAUCUAAAACAAUACAACCACUAAAACGUAACAUUUUUUUUACCACAACAACAUUUCAUAGGUAUGUAAAGAAAAAUUUACGAACACGGCUUGAUAAUAUUAAGUAUGAAAAAAAAUCAGUUAAUAAUUUUUAUAAUCCAAAUCAGGCAAAAAUUGUUUUUCAAGAUACUUUACCAGUCAGGCCACUAUCUCAUUUAUUUAAAGCUUUGGGAUUUACUUUAUUGGUUUCUGUUGGAGCAUUUACUAUUGGUGCAAUUGUACAAUAUGAAAGGACAAAACAAAAAAUUCGUUCAGUUAUCAGAGAUAUGGAAGGUUUUUUUAAUAAUAUAAUUGUUAAUCCCAAUAGACCUCAAAUACAAUUUGAUUUAGCUCAAAAAGUAGCUUUAGCUAUUAUUGGAACGAAUAUAUUUGUAACAAUAUUAUGGAAAAUACCAUCUCUAUUUCCUUUUAUGACAACUUAUUUUACUAACUCUUUUGCACAAAAAUAUUUAUGCUUGCCAAUGUUAACAUCAUGUUUUUCACACAAAGUUUUUUUACAUUUAUUUUUAAAUAUGUAUGUUUUGUGGUCAUUUGCUCCACAAACAAUGGGUAAAUUAACUGGUGUUGAACAAUUUUGUGCAUUAUAUGCCUCAGCAGGAGUUUUUUCUUCUUUAGCAUCAUUAACAAAAAAUGCUAUAGAAAGAAGUCCAGUUAGAAGUUUAGGAGCAUCAGGUGCUCUUUUAGGUAUUUUAAUGUAUACAUGUAUGAAAGUACCAGAUGCACGAUUACAAAUGUUUUUUCUUCCCUUUUUUGAUUUUUCUGCAAAAUCGGCAGUUUGUGGUAUUUUGAUAUUUGAUUUUAUUGGUUUAUUAGGUCCCUGGAAAUUCUUUGAUCAUGCAGCACAUCUAGGAGGAAGUUUAUUUGGUAUAUGGUAUGCAACGUAUGGUGAAAAUUUUGUUAAAAAUUGGUACAAUCUAAAAGUAAUAGAUGUUUAUAAGAAAAUAAAACAAGAUGAUUGA